AUGUUUGUAUGUACACACAUAUAUCCCUUCGAUAAACACUCGCAUCCGUCCAUGUACCAAAUUUAUACAGAUGAAGUCAAGACAAUCAGUUAUUAUAGUGCAAUCAUGAAUAUAAGACGCAUAGCGGAAUCGUAUUGUUCUCACUCUCGCGAAACAUCACAACGUUGCUUAAAUCAUUCCGCUUGUGAUUACGCACUCAGCGAUCCGGUUUUAAUAGUUAUCACUUUAACAGCGGUAGUUGGUUCAUUUUGUUUACUAAGCGGAUUAAUUAUUUUGUGUGCAGUUUCCAAAACACUGCACGAUCAAACAUCGGAGGCUAUUCUUCUAUUGGGUAUUGGUUUCUUCAUCUACGCGAUUGCUUUUGUUACAUGGAAAAUAACGAAUGCCAGAAGAAUCGCUCAUAUAAUCGAAGCGCUUAAUAAAGAAACCACAUCAGCCCUUGUGUAAAACACGUAUGAGCGAGACAAAUUUGCUUCAAAAGCCUAAAGCUAGACGAAAUAGUGAAUGUUCAUAAACGAAAUUGCAGUACAAUAAUAUUUAUUUUUAUAGAAUUUAGAACUUAAAGAAAGUGACACGUAUUGUACGUAUGUAUGUUAGACAAUAAGUUUAUUAUGGUAUUCAUUAAAUAUUACUGCGGAAGUUCUAACAGAAAGAGUCUGAAUUGCCAUGUUAUUUUGCAUGUUUAGAUCUAAUGUAAAAACUAAACGAAGUGAUUUGAUCAGAUGUUGGUUAUGUAUCUUUCGCCAUUAAUCAAAUUUCCAAUGCACAAAAUGAAUAAAAAGUGGAAAAUAAA